AGUGUCACAUGCAAAUUUGAACCAUUUACUUGACCUGUCCUUCUCUUAACACCCUAUAACUUUUGUACCAUGAAUGUUAGAAACAUUCUUUCAGAUUUUAUUUUCUCCUUUCUGAUCCAUCUACUUCUCUUCUUACCUUUUUCACACACUUAUCUUUUUUAGGCCAAAAGUUGAGUUUACCAACUUAUGUUCAUAACUUCCUAGCAUCUUAUAACUAUGUAUACUUAACUUUGUGCACCAAAAUCAUCAAAAAAAAAAACUUGCAAAUGGAUACACUCAGAUUGUUUAUGUACCUUCUUUUAAUGUCAUGCUCAAACAUCCAAGCCAAUGAGGAUGCAUUUAUCGAUCUAAACGAUGAUGUUUUAGGCCUAAUAGUGUUCAAAUCAGACCUCAAUAACCCACCAGCAUUAAGCUCGUGGACCGAGGAUGACAGUUCUCCUUGCUCUUGGAAGUGCAUUCGAUGCAACCCAUCGACAGGCAGGGUUACCGGGCUCUCGAUCACCGGGCUAGGCCUAUCAGGGCGGUUAGGAAAAGGGUUAAAAAAGCUUCUUUUCCUUGAGGUAAUCUCACUAUCCAACAACAAUCUAACUGGUGAAAUAUCCCCUGAAUUAGCCCAACUUCCCAAUCUUAAAACACUUGAUCUUAGUCAUAACAAAUUUUCAGGGCAAAUCCCAACAUUUUCCUCUCUAAAAUACCUUGAUCUCUCUAAGAAUAUGCUAUCUGGUACAUUACCUGAUAACUUUUUCCAAAAUUUGCAAUCUUUAAGCUACCUUUCCUUAUCAGGAAACUCUUUUGAAGGUCCAAUACCUAGUACACUUUCCAAAUGUAGUGUUCUAACUGGUUUAAACCUCUCAAACAAUCAUUUUUCUGGUAACCCAUUUGCCCCAAAUGGUGGGAUUUAUGCUUUAAAUAGGCUAAGAUUGUUAGAUUUAUCAAACAAUCUGUUUUCUGGUAGUGUUCCUACUGGUAUUUAUACCUUACAUAACCUUAAGGAAUUACAUUUACAAGGUAACCAAUUCUUUGGUUCUAUACCAUUUGAUAUUGGUCUAUGUCCCCAUUUGGUUAAAGUCGAUCUAGGCAGAAAUUCCUUGAUUGGAGAAAUACCCGAUUCACUUGGUUCACUAAACUCACUGAUUUUCCUUAGUUUACGACACAAUACCUUGUCGGGUGAAUUUCCUCAGUGGAUUGGAAAACUGAUCAAUUUGCAACAUUUGGAUGUGUCACACAACGGUUUAACAGGAGAUUUACCCAUGUCAUUGGGUGACCUUAAAUCAGUUCGAUCUCUUAGUUUGUCGGAUAACAAGCUUACCGGGAACUUACCCACUUCAUUAGCUCAGUGCAAUGAACUUCGAACCCUUAAACUUAAGGGUAACCUUUUAAAUGGGAGGAUACCAACAGAGCUGUUUUCAAUGGGAUUGGAAGAAAUGGACUUGUCAGAUAACAGAUUCACAGGCUCAAUCCCACAUGCUUCUGGUCGAAUUUUCGAGUCUUUGAUUGAUUUGGAUUUGUCAAAGAAUGAUCUUUCAGGGGAUAUCCCACCAGAAAUGGGGCUGUUCUCUAGUUUAAGGUACUUAAAUUUGUCAUGGAAUAACCUCCAUUCCAGGAUACCCCCUGAAAUUGGGUACCUCCAGAAUUUAACAGUCUUAGAUUUAAGGGAUAGUGCCCUAUAUGGGCUAAUUCCUGGGGAUUUAUGUGAUUCAUCAAGUAGCUUGUCUAUCCUUCAAUUGGAUGAUAAUGCCUUAAGUGGCCCUAUUCCUGAAGAAAUUGGAAAUUGUGCUUCACUACAUUUAUUGAGUUUGUCUCAUAACAAUUUGAAUGGUUCAAUUCCAAGCUCAAUGUCCAUGCUAAAAAACCUCGAGAUUUUAAGGUUCGAGUCAAAUGAGCUCAGCGGAGAGAUGCCUAAAGAGCUCGGAACAAUACAAAAUCUUCUUGCAGUAAACAUAUCCUACAAUAAGCUCGUUGGCAGGCUACCUCCCGGAGGAAUAUUUCCUAGCUUAGAUGCAAGUGCAUUACAAGGGAACUUGGGACUUUGCACACCUUUGGUAAAAGGUUCAUGCAAGCUAAACGUACAAAAGCCACUAGUCCUCGAUCCAAAUGCAUAUCGCAACCAAAUCCAAGGUAAUAACGCGGAGGAUGAGAUAGCAAGACGAUUAGAUCAUCACAAAUUCUUCAGUAUAUCAGCUAUAAUCGCGAUUUCAGCAGCUGUUAUUAUUGUAUGUGGGGUACUAGUAAUAACCCUUUUAAACGCGUCUGCAAGAAGGAAACUCGCGUUCAUUGACAACGCAUUGGAAAGCAUUUUCUCUACUUCUUCUCGUUCUACAACACCCUCUAUAGGCCGGUUAGUCCUAUUCGAUACAAGAAGCUCGGGAGACCUGUUUGCCAACCCUGAAUCCCUUACAAACAAGGCAUCAGAAAUCGGAGGAGGGGUUUUCGGGACAGUUUACAAGGCUUCUAUAGGGUCCGAAGGGAGAAUCGUAGCAGUUAAAAAACUCUACACGUCCAACAUACUCGAGUACCCUGAAGACUUUGAUCGGGAAGUACGAGCCCUAGGAAAGGCAAGGAACCUAAAUGUUGCUUCCCUUAGGGGGUACUAUUGGACACCACAUUUACAACUUUUGGUAUCGGAUUUUGCAUUGAACGGAAGCCUCCAAUUCCGACUCCAUGAAAGGCCAUUCAACAUGGCGCCUCUAUCUUGGUCGACAAGGUUCAGAAUCUUACUCGGGACAGCAAAAGGACUCGCGCAUUUGCACAAUUCCUGCAACCCACCAAUCACACAUUACAACUUAAAGCCUAGUAACAUCUUACUAGACGAGAAUUACAACGCUAAAGUAUCUGAUUUCGGGCUUGCAAGAUUGCUUACCAACGUACAAAAUCAUAGCAUGAUCGAAAACAGAUUUCAGGGUGCACCAGGGUACACAGCACCAGAACUCGCGUGCCAGAGUCUAAGAGUCAACGAAAAGUGCGAUGUUUAUAGCUUUGGCGUGAUCACACUAGAGAUCAUUACAGGAAAACGACCCAUUGAAUAUGGAGAAGACAAUGUAAUGAUACUAAAUGAUCAUGUAAAAGUGUUGCUUGAAGAAGGAAAUGUAUUGGAAUGUGUUGAUGAAAGUAUAGGGGAAUACCCUGAUGAAGAAGUUUUGCCUGUUCUUAAGUUAGCAUUGGUUUGUACUUCACAAAUUCCUUCAAGCAGGCCAUCAAUGAAAGAAGUAGUUCAGAUUUUGCAAGUUAUCAAGACUCCUCUACCUCAAAGAUAAGAUUGUUCUUUAAAUUUUAUUUUGAUUUGGUAGAAUUUGAAGAUAUUAUAUGCAUUUUUUUGUAUGUUCUUUUCAAGUUUUGAAUAAUUAGGAUUUGAUAAUGACUUUCAUAUGCUUUAUGUUUGAUUAGUAAAUUACACUUGUGGUUAUGAAUUCAUGUUUCAAAA